AUGGAAAAGUUUAGUAAUUGGAGGGACAAAGGUACGGGGAUUGCUCCUUUCUUACCGCCACCUGUUCCAGCAUCAUCGAAGGUUUCUGUUGUGCUCAAUGUUGCAUGGUACAGUGUGAAGAUGGUGCUGCUGUUACCCAUCAUGGCGUUGGUGAUGGUUACCGGGGACAAAUUUUGGCAUAGGUUCAUAUAUAGGGUGUUGUAUGGGCUUCGGGAGGAGAUUGUCGUUGUUGGGGUGAAGAAAAGAGAAGUUGUACCUUGGAAGCACUACCCAUUGCGUAACAAUGUCUAUGUUUGUAACUCUUCUAGUCCCUGGGAUGUGUUACUGCUGGGUCUGAUUGCUGAGGGGCCAGCGAUGUUUUUAGUCCCCAAUGCUGGGACGCUUUACAGGAUGAAUGCCGACCAGUAUUACUCUUAUGCGCUAGCGGGGUCUUUGGAUGCGAAGUUGUUUGGUAAGGAAAUCACUAGUUUCAAUGAUUGUAAAGGUUACGUUUGUUUCAUGUUUUUGGAAGGUACCUGUUCCAAUGGUAAGAGCGUGUUACCAUUUGAGAUUACCUCAAAGCAAUUGGGUGAAUUUCUUUACGGAAAGGAUGAGAAUGAUGUCCCUGUUAAGGAGCGUAUAAAUAUUUUCACGGUGCAACUGAGAUUAAACAGCUCUAUUGUGACACCUCUAGCUAUCGGAAGACGUGAGUUCUUUUUACGUAGUAUCAUUAAAGGUGUGAAGGCCAAGAUCAAGAUAUCACAUGAGCCAUAUUCCGCCAAAAAUUUAGACUCCAUACGAGCCAAGUUGAUGGAUGACGAUAAGUAUAAGCUUGUAUCUAAGUCUCUAGGAAUUGAAGCUAAAAGAAAGUUUGUCUCCGAGUUUAACAAGAAACACAAACUUUGA